CCGACCAUCUCGAUCCGCCAUCAUUAAAUUUUUCAUUUUAUCAAGUAACGGACAUUCUGGACAUUUACCAACAUCCACUCGAACGUUUUUCUAUUUUUGUGAUUUUAUUUUCUUGUUGUUUAAUUCGGUUGCAGCCACACAUUGUAACAUCGUUUUGUUAGCGUGUGACAAGUUUGUAUCGUAAGAACCAUAAUUGUUUUAUUUGACAACAGUAAGAGAAACCAAUUCAAUGUCGUCGCCGAAUCAUUCGACUUGUCUGAUUGAUCUAUCGGGCUCCAACGAAUCUCCGACAUCGAGUACGACGACACCAUUGAUGAUGUUUCCACCGAUUUCAGCCGACGAAAUGAUUGUACCAUUGAAACGGUUCAGCAUUAACAGCGACCCAUUCGGCACGACAGAUAAACGGUUCAGUAUUAGCAACGAUCCGUUCGACACGAUAGAGAAACAAGCGAAGCUGUUCGGCGAUCCAUUCGAAAUCGUUAACAUGUCAUCGCCGAGAGAAGCUAUUCAUGAUGUGUCUGUACCUACCGCAAAGUUAGUGGAUUUUGACGGAUCUUCUAACUCGAUACAGCUGAGUCAAGACAAUAGUCAGGAUACACUAAACAGAGGUAUGUGUACCUUCAGUAGCAUCACAACGAAUUCAUCACUUGUCGAUGGCAACUCUUCGGAUACGAUGAACCGAGCGUUUGUCAAUUCCGAUUCGUCUGUUCCGGUACAGAACAACGGCAAUCGCAAUCGUAUAUCGUCCGAUCCGGUCGCAUCAAAAUCGAAAGCUAAACGUAAAAUCGGGUCCGGAAAGGCGCGUUGUGCGUCACUGGAACAACUAUGCUUGAAAAAUCAAUUCCGUAAAAGUUUGACAAACUCUCCAAUUGCAUCGCCGAAAGCCGUGAAAGUGACGCAUAGUUUAGACAACUCGUCGCUCACGAAAACAUCGAACACAACCGAUUUUAACCUUACAAGUGAGUCUAUUUUCGAUGAUUUAUUGUCCACUAAUCCGGAGUGGAUCGAAUCCGAUAACGAUGACAGCGAUUACGAACGAAUGACCAUACCAUUUCUCAAAAAUAUACAACACAACGAAUCAACCAUUGCGUCCACCGAUUGUAGUUCCGAUCGCAGUACCACACUGGCCACUAUCGAAAAGUUAUCGAAAUAUCGAGAAGCGACUGAGUCAGUUGCAGAUGUUCCACAGAGUGAGGAUGCCUCCGAAGACAAAACGGAAGAGAAACCGGUGGACAAAAGUCCACCGGAAGACAACAUAACAUCAAUAAUUGAGACACUCAGAAAUGCUGUUAAAAACUGCGGGGAUGCAAAAAAGAAAAGUGAAGCGUCGGUUUUGCUGGAUAGUUUGAACGUGUGUCUCAAAACAGCCGGUUCGACGAGUUCAACAACAACUGCCACAAUUCAACCGGAACCCCAUCAAUUCGUUCGCCAACGAACGUUCAGUGUGGAGGAUCAAUUAGAUGACACGAAAAACAACUCACCAAUUCAAGUCACUAAAGAAUUGAGUAGCUCUCUACCACCAACUUCUGGUCCAACACGCAAAUCAGUAAACGGAACUACUUCGAUCACUCCACGCAGAUUCAGUCGGUCGAUGACAUAUACUGGAAAACCUGUAUCUGUAGUCACGGCUGUUCAAAGCCAAACAGAUUCCAGUGAUCGCCGUCGAUCUAGCGUUUGUACUACUCCAACCCGACUGGUUCGCCAGUCCAGUAAUCCCCCUACGAGAAAUACGCGAACAUCGCUGGGUCGGCAAUCGCUGUCAUCUUCGCAUGACGAAAAGACAGUCGUCAAGCCAGUUCCAAGGAAAACCAUAAUGAAAGCGUCAAAUCCAACUCCAUCAAGUACCGUCACAAGACCGUUAAAACUUCGUGUUGGUGAACAAACCAAACCAAAUGGUCCGUUGAAAGCAGUCAUUCCAUACCAACGCUCAUCCACACUGCCAAAUCAUAGCGAACCAUCGAUUAAAGCGAAACGAACUGUAAAGACCAGCACGCCACUAGCACCGAGCAAUGUUGCCAAGUCUAGCAUCCCAGCUGCGUCGUCAACGCCGGUAAUUAAUACGGGCAAGCAACCAUCACUGCUGAGCUUACGGCAUGCCCAGAGCCGAUUGUCGUUCACUCCAUCAACCCCGGUUGCUGCUACUGCAGUGAAUCGUCAGCCGUGCUCGGAACGAAAGAAGAGGUCGGUCACAUUCAGCGAGGAAUCGGAUAAAUUUUCACAGUCGAUGAUCGUUGGAACAAAGCAAUCUUCAGUUCAGGCGAUGUAUUCAUUGCAGAGGAGACGCUUAUCACAAAGUUAUGGAACAAACAAGGAGAACUCGAUUCUACAUCAGAAAUGAAAGUUGUCGCUUACUAUAGGCACUCAACGAGUUGUAGCUUUCAUCGAACUACACGUCCAUUUCUUGUGAUAUAUUUUAUCGUUUUUAUCGUUUUUUGCUUUUAUUUUAAACAUGACGACCGACGGUACUUUUUUUGUAAAUCGGAAAAAAAUGUUAAUUCUAUGGUGCAACCUUUGAAUCUCGAAGCUUGAUGGCUAAGAUAAAUUAUGAAUUGAAUCGUUGCGACGAAAUAUAAUUUGAAUAAAAAAUUUCAAUCGAAGUAAAAAU